GCAGCUGUCAGGCCACCGAGGUCCAAGCUGCACUUGCUGCCCCACUGAGGACGGGGAGGCAGUAGGAGCAGUGACAGUGUCGCUGAGGAGCCGGGCGGCCGGCUCUCAGAGCUGACUGUCUGGUACCCGUGGCUCUCUUCUAUCUUUGUCCCAUUGUGUCGGAAUCCUAGAACAGAAAAACAACAACAACAAGAAAAAGACAAGAUUGUGACAAAGACCCAACUGGGUUAUCUUGGUUAGAAACUCUUCCCCAUCUGGUGCUGCAACAAUGAGUGGUAAAUCCCUGCUCUUAAAGGUCAUUCUCUUGGGUGAUGGUGGAGUUGGGAAAAGCUCGCUUAUGAACCGUUAUGUAACGAAUAAAUUUGACUCCCAGGCUUUUCAUACCAUAGGGGUAGAGUUCUUAAAUCGAGAUCUGGAGGUAGAUGGACGUUUUGUAACUCUCCAGAUCUGGGACACUGCAGGACAGGAACGUUUCAAGAGUCUUAGAACACCCUUCUACAGGGGAGCAGACUGCUGCCUCUUGACCUUCAGUGUGGAUGACCGACAGAGCUUUGAGAACCUUGGUAACUGGCAGAAAGAAUUCAUCUACUAUGCAGAUGUGAAAGACCCUGAGCACUUCCCUUUUGUAGUUCUGGGUAACAAGGUAGACAAAGAGGAUAGGCAAGUGACUACUGAGGAGGCACAAGCCUGGUGCAUAGAGAAUGGAGAUUACCCUUAUCUAGAAACAAGUGCCAAAGAUGAUACUAAUGUGACAGUGGCCUUUGAAGAAGCUGUCAGGCAGGUGUUGGCUGUAGAGGAACAGUUGGAGCAUUGCAUGUUAGGUCACACUAUUGACUUGAACAGUGGUUCCAAAGCAGGAUCUUCAUGUUGUUAAAAGUAAGAAGCCUUUUAAAGGUGUACCCCAAAUUGGUCAGUCAAUAGUGUAAGAAUAACUGUGCCCCUCUAAGAGUGCGCACACACACACAAAAAGAAAGGGUAAGAGAUAAAGUUGUAAUUGUUAAUUAGAGCCUUUCAAGCUGAAGUUGUAAAGCAACUUUUUAAAGAGUGCUUUAUCAAGCCAAGUGUAUUUUGCGUGAUUUCUGCUAUUUCCUUCUUGUGUGCAUCAGGACACUUCAGAAAACUUUAGUCCUGAGAGAUUUAAAUAUUUUUUCAAAUCACAGUUUAAACUUUGAACCCAGCUGCAUGAAGGAAUUAAAGAGCUAUAGCUAUUCCUUAAAGUGUUCCAUUAAUCAACUAAUAAAUGUCACCACCAACUCUUGCCAAACAGUUUCUGACAUGUCUGCCAAAGGGGGAAAAUAAUACUCUGAGCUUUAUUACAAUAAAAUAAUAAUGCAAACAAGGAUUUCCUAAGCUUGAAUUAUAAAGAGGUUGUAAUGAUUAGGAAUACAAAAGUAUAAUGAUGUACACUGCCUUGUUUAAACCUUUAUGUAUGCUUUGCUGCCAUCUGAGCUUUUCAAAAUAUACCACCUCAAUAAGAGAUACACUGAUGACAUUGGAAAUUGAUUAUACUCCUUGUGUUUGAAGUAACAGGGUACUAGAGAAUGUAUUAUGCUUAAAUAUGCCAACCACCCUUGCAAAUAAAUGGUUGGUCUGCUUUUACUUCAUAAGUCUACUUUUGCUGCCUAGGGAUGUUGCUUCUCUGACAACCUCUUAUCAAUUUAGCAAUGCUGCUUAGUAUAUGGCUUUGGAUGCAGUGCUCUCUGCUCAUAAUUUUGAUGGUCAUUUGGUCCAUCAUGCUGUGCUCUCAGAGAAGCCUUCAGAAAAGAGUGGGGGAUAAUGGGCUUUUCUCACAAGCAUCCUUAACUCCAAUAUUUAUUGUAUACGAAGAAACUGGGUUUUUGUUGUUGUUGUUGUUUUGUAUGUUGUACUGUAUGUUCAGCUGGCCAAACUAGGAUAUUAAAAAUGACAAGAGAGCAUACUUUAACCCAGCAUUAGAAUUAAGUUCUCGUAAUUAGAAUUGUCCAACAGUGGAAUGGACUGCCUUAAUAGUAAACUUUCCAGUAAAAAUAUUCAAGUAGAUGCUGGAUGACCAUGUGUUAAAAUACCAUUAAAAGGAUUUCUGUACUGGCUGAAUGUUUCUUUUCAGGUCCCUUCCAGCUCUAAGUUCUAUAAGUCUGUAAGCUACAAACUACAUUUCAGUGCCAUGUUACAAUUAGAUGCUUCUUAAGACAAUAGCUAAGACUAUGGAGAGGGACUUUUAAAAUGCUCAAACUAUUCUGGGAUCAGCAUUUAACAGUAACUACAUAGCUCUAUCUUUUGCUUUUGUAAUAAGGCAGGAAAAAUUCUUGAGAUCUGAGUAAUAAUUAUGAGCCCAGAUAAAAAUGUCCUAAAGAAAGCAUAUUAAAAUACAAAAGUGGUUUGUCAAAAUUUGAUUACUAUGACUGAUAGCUAUCUAUAUGCCUUCUGGUUCUUGUUGGUUGACUUGUUUGUCCUGCAUAGCUUUUUAUCUGUACUUUUUAAACAUCUAUGAUAAAAAUAGUGACCCAAGUUAGUGAGGAGCAAUUAUAAAUGACCCCCAAAAGACACCUGGGCCAAGGAGGGGGUGGGAGCUUUCACAAGAAUACAGCUUAGAAUUCUCCCUUGUAGUCACAUAUGGAAUCAGCCUUACACAUGGGACCUUAUGUACUUUAAGAGCUCUGGGACUUUUUGGCCACCUAGACAAAUUUAAGAUGGCAUUUCAACCCAGUCGUAUUCAAUAUUUCCAAUUUAAAUAUAGUCCUGACCCCAUUGGCAAACUAACAUUUAUGCCAGAAGUCAAAGACAGAACUGGGACCCUGUAGCUCAUAAGAAUUGGUCCCUAUCCUGCCUAUGCCUAUAGCCAGCCACACUGGUUUCCAAAUUUUAUGAUCAUUUUGCUACAAUCAUGUUAGGGUGAAAAUCUGUACGUCAGAACUGUUAAAUGCUAACUGUUUUAAAGUGCAUGAGACCUGGGGCCUUCUCUUUCUACUUGCACUCUGCUUAAAAUAGUUUCUAUUUGUAGAUCUCAGGCCUUCAUAAAGACCUCCAUUCACUCACAAAAGUACUUGUCUCUAUCAGAACGGCAUGUGGUCAUUUAAGUAAAAAAAAAAAAAAAGCGUGGAUAUCCCAUUCAUAGGUCUCCUGUCCAUUCAACACAAGUGUUAAUUUUAUUGGCAGGUCAACUGAAGCCCCUUUCCUCUUAGCCAUGCCAACUUUUUUUCUGCCAAAUCACUAUACAAUAUCUUUAAAAAAAGCAUUUAACAUUAAGUGACAAAAAACAGUGGUAUUUUGGUGAGCAAUACUCAGUGAGGUGUUGCUGUAUAAUUUGAAUAAGAUUAAAAAACAUCAAAAGCUGAGAUCUGUGAGUCCCAGGAACUGUGCAUAUAGGCUUAGAAAUUGUGUACCGAGAAUGUGCAGUGCAGUAUUUUCAGUAGUUUUUUUUCAUGAACACUAAGUUUUUGAAUAAGCUAUUUCUAAUUGAAACUAUACUGUUUUUCAAUGGUUCAUUAGAAUGUCAUACAGAAUAUUUAUUUUGUAUUUUCAUGUAUUGGGCUAAUAUCAGGGGGCCUCAGAUUCCAUAUGUCUUCAGUGGAUUGAUAAAUUUCAGGUUAAUUUGUGCCUGCCUCAGCCAUCUCUACUUUACCCGGAGGUAUUCCACAAUCCUCUUGUUGCAGGUGCUGCUAAAAACUCAAAAUUGUGUAUCAGAUGUUUUGUUUCAAGUGUAAAAAGUCAUCUGUGUUAAAGUAAAUAAAAAGUGCUUUUUGA